AUGCCACGUAUUCCGGUUAGAGUAGAACCCUAUUCCUCGCCCUCUCGGCAACAGAGGCAUUAUAAAAAGAAACGAGACCAUGUUCUCCGCGCACUGGGUAAGGCAGCGUAUAUCAAUGGAUCGCAUUUCGCAAUCAUGUGGCUCUCCGCCAGAGGACAUGUCGAGACUUAUGCUAGCCAAGCACUGCAGAGUAGGUUGGAAGACUGGUUUGUGAAAGGAGGGAUUGCGGAUGAGGCCAAACAAAUCGUUCAACGUCAGAGUGGGGAGAUCGGUGGGAGCAUGCGCAUCUUCGAGGAUCAUGCCGGAGAAGAGCAAGGAGAGGAGGAUGAAGGGGAGCAGAAGCAGGAGCGGGAGCAGGAGCAGGAAGACGUCUUGCUCGACCCCACCACUUCCAACGCGGAUAAGGGAGAAGGGAGAAAGGCAAGGAGAGGUAGGCCAUUAGCACCGUUAAACACAGCUAUUGCGAACCAACAUUUCCUCCGAUCAAGAUCAUCGUUCCCGCACUCUACUGGGAUGGUAUGGGGCAACUCGAUCUCCUCCCCUCCCACCCGCACACCCCUAUACGAAAUCAGCCUUAAGACCUUCUCCGCGCGAACCGCAUUCCUAGAACUACGUUUCGGCCAACUACAACAAGGCGUAUGCAAAACCGUCGCAAAAGCAUGGAUCAAAAUCAUCGAACCCAAAAAACAAACUCGUUGCCCUUACAACAAAGGCGAAGCAGGCAAACCUCACUGGUGGCCCGCAUGUGUGAGGCACAAAGAACCAGACCACCUUAUCAAAGCCGAAAGACAUGCAUUGUUGCUGACUAUUUUAAGGAGCCCCAGGGUCAAGGUCGCAAGGUUACAGUUAGCUACCGCCGAAGUGGUCGCUUUGAUCAAGGCUGAUAAGGUGAGUCUUUUGAUGGAUGUUUAUAGGGUUGCGCGAGAGGAAGAGAAGAUGAGGCAGCGCAAAGCGGUAGCGCCGGUCGAGACGCUCGAGGGGUGGGAGCGGGAGAAGGGGGAGAAGGGGGAGGAUGAGGAGGUCAAGGUUAGGGUUGGUACUUUAGAUGGAUGGUGUAAAGAAGCAAGUCAACCGACAAGUCAAGGUAGACAGAUUGCUAGGAGUGUCACUCCUCCUUCUCCUCCUUCUCCUCCUUCUCCUGCCCCCGUCCCUAGUUCGCAAGGAGGAGGGAAAGAGGAGGGAGGAAUGGAGAAAGGCAAGAAGAGAACUGCCGGUGCAAUGACCAAAUCUUUCUCCACCGGUGCCAACUUCAACAAACGAAGGAGUAUUGCAACCACAACCCCCGCCUCCUCCUCCUCCUCCUCCUCCUCCUCCUCCUCUUCGCUUCCUCACGAUAUCUUCCCCCAACCUCCCCACAACAACACCAUCUUCAACUACGACCCCCCGCACUCUCACUCGGACGCACUCGGCCUAGGCCUCCUAGCUCCCAUCCCCCGCUCGCACUCUGUCUCCUCUGCACCUGCCCACCACACCCAACUCUACACGGGAAGGAGCUGCGAAACGUCGUCCUGGCCUGCUCAAAACGGCACAUUUGCCCAAACGCUGAUACAGGAGAGUCCCACUAUGCCCACGCGCACCAUGAUCCGCAGACGUUGUACGGCACAUACAGCUGCAGACGAGAUUUCCAUGGCGUAUCAGCAUGAUGCGCUGGCCUUCCAUCUGACAGGUGGGGCGAUGGGCGAGGGAUGUGAUUUUGGAGGUUUGGAUAUCAGUCAGAUGGCUGAUCUUGAGGAUUCUAGUUGGCGUACGGUGACGGCGACGGCGACGGGUGUAGGAGGCGAUAUUGCAUUAGAGAGUAUCGGCGAUGAGCAGCUUUGGUUGACCGGUCAUCAACACCAACAACAACAACAACAACAACAACAACAAAUGUCACACCUGUCUCUACACUUCUGUCACAACGUCUAA